GUGGGUUGGGCAACUGUAAGGCCUGGCUUGGGUUGGGGGAGUUCAGACGGGUCAGAGCUAGAAGCACAAAACUUUGCCUCCCACUACUGUGUGACCUUGGGUAUAGUGCUUUAUCUCUCUGAGCCUUGGUUUUCUCAUCUGAGAAACGGGGCUGUUGCUACUGCCUGCUUCGUGAGAGCAGUGUGUGGACUCUGUGAAGGUGUGAGUUCUGGGCUCUGUCUGGUCUGUAAUGUGCCUCCUUAAGCUGUGAGUAUAAUCAAGAAACAUAGAGAUCCAAGUGAAACCUCCACAGACCGUAGAGAGCCGCCCUCCAUAGGACACUGUUGAGUCUGGGAAGGCUGGAAGGGAUUGGAGCAAUAUAAAUAACAUGAUGCCUCAUUUAGAUGGCAUCUCUCAUGAUGCAAGGCCCUAGGAGGCUCACAGCAUUUGUGAUGUCGCCCAGCAGGCCCCUAGUGAAGAGUCAGGCUCACAGACUGCCUCCAGGGCGCAGGGCUGCACACUGGGCAGAGGCCACUGCAGCCCUCCCUUGGCAUUUGCCUGCCAUAGUCCCCAAAGCCCCUUCCCCAGACUCCUCAAGGUUCUGCUGUGAAAACUGCAGCCCCAUCUGGCUUAUGCUGCUCUGGCAAAGAAGGGAGGCAGAGAACAGACAGCAGGGGAAGCCAGAAGGAACACAUUGUGGACUCACAGGUAAUGAGGAUGGACUCACUGCAGAAGCAGGACCUUCGGAGGCCGAAGAUUCAUGGGGCGGUCCAGAUGUCCCCCUACCAGCCACCCACGCUGGCCUCCCUGCAGCGCCUGCUGUGGGUCCAUCGGACCGCCACACUGACCCACAUCAAUGAGGUCUGGCCCAACCUCUUCCUGGGAGAUGCGUAUGCUGCCCGAGACAAGAGUCGUCUAAUCCAGCUGGGCAUCACCCACGUUGUGAAUGUCGCAGCAGGCAAGUUUCAAGUGGACACAGGCGCCAAGUUUUACCGUGGAACACCUCUGGAGUACUACGGCAUUGAAGCUGAUGAUAACCCCUUCUUUGACCUCAGUGUCUACUUUCUGCCUGUUGCUCGCUACAUCAAAGAAGCUCUCAAUAUUCCCCAAAGCCGCGUGCUGGUCCACUGCGCCAUGGGGGUAAGCCGCUCUGCUACAAUUGUCCUGGCCUUCCUCAUGAUCUGCGAGAACAUGACCCUGGUAGAUGCCAUCCAGACGGUGCAGGCCCACCGAGAUAUCUGCCCCAACUCAGGCUUUCUCCGGCAGCUCCAGGUUCUGGACAACAGGCUGAGGCGGGAAUCAGGGAGAAUCUGAAUGAGGGAGCGCCUGAAGCCUCUGUCCACCGUGGCCCAGCCUGACCUACCUGGCCCUGGGGAUGGCAGCCACUGCCAUUUCCAGAGACCCUGAGAUGGCACCAGCAAGUCAGGGUGCAGAGGCAGGGUGGGCUGGGGGUGCCCUUCUGCAGGCGGAGUCCCCUGACCCAGUACAGAAAUUCUUUAUGCAGAAGAAAAUUCAAUCUGUCUCUAUAAUAAA